UAUCAUGCCAUUAUUUCUUUCAUCUAAGCUUCUUUGUCGUUUUGUUGUCGUCAUGACCUAUGUCUUUAUCAGUGCUUCUUAAACAUUUAAGACCUAUUCCUCAAGAACCAGGCGUAUCAUAAGUAAUCUGUGUCAUAUAUACCUAAGAUUGGCAUGUGGUGAGCCGUUCGACACGAUAAUAAUGGAAUCUAACUUGGAUCCCGACGACAUGUGGGGUUCGGACACGAUUGUCGGGAGCGGUAGCGAAAUCGCAGUCGCCGGACCCGAAGACAUGCAGGAUGACGAAUUCGAUACCUCCGACUUUGAUACUUCCUCGAUAAACAUGUUUGGGAGUGUUUCUUCGUCCAUUUACCGGCAUUCUUACGAGAACGGUCGAAGGUAUCAUAAGUAUCGAUAUGGAACAUAUCCCAUUCCAAAUGACGAGACCGAACAAAAUAGAGAAGACAUGAAACAUGUUGCAAUGCUGGAGCUUACGAGAGGUAAGAACUUUUUCGCCCCGAUUGGCGAUCAUCCACAAAAGAUAAUUGACCUUGGGACUGGAACGGGAACCUGGGCUAUCGAAGUAGCCGAUAUGUUCCCUGCUGCCGAGGUUGUGGGUUGCGAUUUGAGUCCUAUCCAACCAUUAUGGGUCCCGAGUAACGUUAGGUUCAUCAUCGAUGAUAUCGAAGACGAAUGGGCUCACGGAGACAACUGGGAUCUCGUACACAUACGUCAGGUCUUCCCGGCAAUACAGGAUCCCCCUGGGGUGUGUAGACAGAGCUUUAACCACCUCAACCCAGGCGGUUGGAUCGAAGUCCAGGAUUUUGGCGGAAUCCUAAAAUGCGACGACGACACAUUCCGAACAGAUUCCAUGCUCACCCAAUUCUAUGAUAUGACAACCGAGGCGUUGUCUAAACGUGGGAUAAGAUGGACUAUUGCGAACAACAUGGAUGAGGUGCUGAAGGAUAUCGGCUUCGUCAAUAUUGCAUGCAAAAGAUUCAAAAUCCCCAUUGGAAUCUGGCCAAAGGCAAAACGACUUCGUUUAGUUGGACUCUAUAUGAAGUCAGUAUUCGGAGAUCUCAUCGACGCACUCGCACCUAUCGUAUUCCCGCUGCUUUCAAAGUCCUCACAGCAAAUGGAGGAGUUCGUUACCAAGGCCCAGGACGAACUACAGACAACAACCGCCCACAUAUAUCUCGAUUACUUCUUCUGGUACGCCCAGAGGCCUCUGGCUGAUUGAGGGCACAAAGUCCUUCUGUUGUCAUUAUAAUGGCAAUGAAAAUAUACCUAGACGUACGCGUCCCUACCCACCUAGGUACCUACGUAACUCAAAUAUUAUUUCGUUACGCGGGAAUUUGCCUAAUUAAGAAAAAAAAAAUACACUGAAUCUAUAAUUAAUUAACGACCGGCUGUUACUUACUUAACUGCCUGGG